AGUUUAAACUGUUCCCUCAGAGACAUGAAGCUUUAUCAAACUUCACUCUCAGCAAAAGAUCUCUUUAGAACGACUUCACCGUUUUACAACACUGAUAUGAAACAGAGAGAAGCAGCCAAUCAGAGGACAAGCUGCUGAUAUUUGUUUUUUUCCAGGAGAAAUGAUAUGAGGAAUGAAUGAGUGAUGAUGUGCUGAUGAAUGAUUGGACUGCUGCUCUCAGUGUUUCCUCUCCAGAUGAAGGUGUGGACUCUGCUAUGAGUCAGUGUGAGGACAGAGAGGAGGGAGUCCCUCCCUCUAAAACCACUCUGUGUGGGGAACAUGACAGCCAGACCAAAGCUCAGAGCCCAGAGAAGCAGCACAGACCUGAACCUGGACCCGGACCUGGACCUGGACCUGGACCCGGACCCAGCUGUGAGUCCUUCAAGAGUGACGAGUCUGUGGGUGAACCUCUAGUCUUCAAAGAUGUUGAUCAAAGGUGAGGAUUUCAAACUUAU